AUGGGGGUCGUAGAGCCCGGCGUCGUAGAUGGCGCACUUGCUCUUACGUCCGCGAACCCUUCCUCUGGGAUCGGGAUCCCCAAGUCGAAGCCUAACCUUCUCGGCGACCUCGUUGGAUCCGCCCUCGGCCAGGGCCGUGGCAUGUCUGCAAAUGUUCCUUUUAAGUCAGCUCCGCCGAAGAACGCCUUCAGAGUGGGUAAAUCGCCUGAUUCACUCCCUAGACUGACUGCUACCACCACAUUUGCCUCGUCUAUGGCUAGCAGUACUCCGACAAGGCCCGACGACUGGAGAUAUGCCGACAAGGUUGGAAACUACUCUUUUUUCAAUCAGCCCGCUUCCAAGAUUGGGGCUCCGAUGAGUAUUAGUGGGCAGCCAAUGAAAUCAAUGGGGGGAAUACCGGUGGCGAAUGCUAAACAAAAUCCUUUUAGUUCAUUGGAUGGCUUUGGAACAAAGUCCUCUGGGAAACCACUACCUCCAUGGGCGAAUUCAUCAUACACGAGCAGCGACAGUACAGGUGCUGGAGCAAGUGCCGCAGACUUCCCUUUUGGUGCGUUUCAGAAUGCCAAUCCAACAAACACAGUUGGCAGUGGAAAUAGCAGUGGUUGUAGUUUUUCAUCUCCUCCACAACCACCACCACCACCACCACCACCGAUGCAGAAAUCCCCUAAAGAUUGCAUGAAUCCGGCAAUGGAUACUAGAAAGCGUUAA